AUGGCGGGUCCAAGAUACUUGACAGCAGCAAAACAAGCUGCCGAGUCGUUUCAGGAGCUACCUGUGCCUGAAGGGUUUGGAAUCCCAGGCACGGAGGCCUACAAACAUGAUGAGCUGGCAUAUCAACUCUCGCUACAUCCGGCUCGCACGCCACGUCGCGUCAAAGUGGUUAUGGUCGGAGCGGGAUUCAGUGGGCUAAACAUCGCGCAUGCCGUUGAGAGUGGCAAGCUCCAGAGGGUCGACUUGGAGAUUUUCGAAAAAAACACCAACAUUGGGGGCACGUGGUUCGAGAAUCGAUAUCCCGGAUGUGGCUCCGACAUUCCAGUUCACAACUAUCAACUCUCAUGGGCACCAAAUCCUCGAUUCACAAGCUUCUAUGGUACAGCUCCUGAGCUUCAGGACUAUAUUGAAAAGGUUGCCGAUCAGCAUGGACUCCGAAAGUACGUCAAAACCUCUCACAAGGUCGUCCACGCCAAGUGGGUGGCGGGAAAACAAAAAUGGGAAGUUACCGUUGUCAGAACUAGUGGGAGGCCGGUAGUUCUAAGUCGUCCAGGAUUGCAUGACGACGAGGUCGGAGAGCCUUGGACUGUUGAGUGCGAUUUCUUCGUCAACGGCUCAGGCCUUGCCAACAACUGGAAAUGGCCGACAAUUCCUGGGCGAGAGCUCUUCAAAGGCGAUAUGCUACAUACAGCAGAUUGGCCACAGAAGCACGACUUCACCGGACAGACCGUGUCGUUGAUUGGGAAUGGCAGUUCUGGAGUUCAGGUUCUGCCACACAUUGUCGAACAAGCCGACAAAGUGUACGUGCACAUCCGCAACGGGUCUUGGUUCACCGUGGGAUUCGCGUCCAGGUUCGCAGGUCCCGACGGUCGGAACAUCGACUUUACCGACGAACAAAAGGACCUCUGGACCAACGACCACGAGGAGUACUUUCGAUACCGGAAGCUCGUCGAGCAAGAGUUGAACGCUCGUUUCAAGACUAAUCUCAAGGGUUCCAAGGAGCAAGACAUGGCACGAGAGUUCUGUCUAAAGGAGAUGAGCAAGCAACUGGUGUCAAAGCCAGAAUUGCUCAAGGCAAUUACGCCAGAAUUCCCCGUCGGGUGCCGUCGACCUACGCCAGCCGAAGGCUACCUGGCGGCACUCUGUUCACCGAAGGUGGAGAUCGUCUGGGGCGAGACCGGCGAAUUCACCCCAGAAGGCAUCCGGGGGCCCACGGGUCGGGAGUUCAAGGUUGACAGCAUUGUGUGCGCCACCGGCUUCGACAUCAGCUUCGUCCCUCGGUUCCCGAUCGUCGGCUCCAACGGCGUCGAUCUGCAAAAGAAAUGGACCGACAACAUUCCGGAGGGAUACAUGUCGGUGACGGUUGAAGACAUGCCAAACUACUUCGUCUACCAGGGACCCCCCGGUCCUCUCGUACAUGGUAGUGUCGUGCUCGCAUGCGAGAUAGCGACCGACUGGAUGGUGCAAGUGAUCGACAAGUGUCAGCGGGAAAACUACUCGUCCGUGGUCCUCAAGCCGGGAGUCGCGCGCGCAUACGCGAAGCAUACCAUGGCCUGGAUCGAGAAGACGGUCUGGACCGCCAACUGCACAAGCACGUACCGCAAUGGCAAGUCCUCGGGUCAAGUAUACUCUAUCCACGCGGGCUCUCGACUGCACUACUUCCAACAGCUUCAGAAACUCCGUGCCGAAGAUUUCGACUGGACCAGUCUGUGUGAGGACCCGGAUUUACGGUUCGCAUGGCUGGGGAACGGUUUCACGAUCGAAGAGACCUUUCCCGAUGCAGAUGGCAAGGUCGACCUGACGUAA